AUGGCUGACGUCAAGGCGCAUUUUCUGAUCAACCAAGCUGGCGUACGAGCGCUUCACCGUCAAGUUUUGGCGCGCGAUAUCACAGAUGCCGCGGUUGGUGGUAGCCGCGAUCGAGCAGAUAGUCGUGUUUGGGGCUGUGACGGGGUAGAGAUCUGGGAAAGAACUGGCUCAAUUCCGAGGGCUUGUUAG